GCUCCUGAACCUGUAGAGCCCUGGACAAAUGUAAAAGAUGCUACCAAAGAAGGACAACCCUGUUACCAAAGAAACGAUUUUACCCAUGUAUUAGAAGGUUCAGAAAGUGACUGUCUACAUUUAAAUGUUUAUACAAAAAUAUUGCCUUCUGAAAAGAAAAUUCUAAAACCAGUAAUGGUCUGGAUUCACGGAGGAGGUUUUCUUCAUGGCAACAACAGAUACUCCUUUUACGGACCCGAAUUUUUAAUGACCGAAGACAUUGUUCUAGUUACACUCAACUACCGCUUAGGCUUCUUAGGUUUCCUCCACCUAAAAGACGAUACCUUGGAUGUUCCCGGAAAUGCAGCGUUAAAAGAUCAACGAUUAGCGCUCCAUUGGGUUCAAAGAAAUAUUAAAUAUUUUAAUGGUGAUCCAAAUAAUGUCACCUUGUUUGGCGAAAGUGCAGGCAGUGUAUGUAUUCACUAUCAUAUUGUUUCCCCAACUUCCAAAGGUCUCUUUCACAAGGCUAUAUUACAAAGCGGCACUUUACAUAAUCCUUGGGCCUAUUCUAAUGAUGUCGCUCUUCAAUUCGCUCAAAGUAUAAGCAAGGAGAUCAACAACGAAAAAGAGGCAUUAGAGCUUUUACGAAGUUUACCUGUAGAAGUUUUACAUGAUUAUCAGGAAAAGUAUUGUAAUGCAAAAAGUUUUUGGGGUAUAAUAGCACCGAACGUUGAAUACCCUAACAAAACUGAAUUUAUAACUUCACCACCUACUCAACUACUUGCCUCUGGUCACUAUAACAAAGUUCCAAUUAUGCUAGGCUACAAUAUUAGAGAAGGAAUGUUAUUUGAGGCCAUUAAGAAUCAAAGGAAGGCUGCAGGGUUGGAAACUGAUGAUAAAGUUGAUUUGGAUUUGUUUAUACAUCCCCAUCUCAAUUUAAAGAAAGGUGACCCUAAAAGACAACUUAUUACUAACAAAUAUGCCGAUUUUUAUUUUCAAGGAGAAAAUGCUAAGGAUAAAGUAAUGCUGAUGACAGAUUUUUUCUUUGUUGCUGGAAUUAUUGGAUCUGCUCAACUACAUGUCAGGACCUCCUUAACUCCAGUAUAUUUGUACAGAAUGUCAAUCGACGCGGGACUAAAUAUGUUCAAGAAAAUUAACAGAGUUGAUGAACCUGGUGUUUGUCAUGCUGAUGAUCUGGGCUACCUUUUCGAUGUUCAUAUGGCUGCUAGAUUUUUACGAAAAGGACCUCUUGAGGAAAAAGUCGUGCAAUAUUUCGUUAAAUUAUGGACUAAUUUUGCUAGAACCGGAAAUCCUACACCAGACGAUAAUAAUUUAAAUAUUCUAUGGGAGGCGAUCAGUGAAAAAGAAAUGAACUAUUUAGAUAUUGGUGAAGAACUUACUUUGCAUAAAAAUCCAGAACCAGAAAGAAUUAAUUUUUGGAGGGAGAUAUUCCAACUUAGCCCUUUAACAGUCAAUUAUUUGUAA